AUGUCGCAAGUCCACGCCUUGUCUGACGACCAGGUCGGGCAAGAGCUCCGUAAGAUGACGGCGUUCAUCCGCCAGGAAGCCAGCGAAAAGGCCCGCGAGAUCGAGAUCAAGGCCAACGAGGAGUUCGCCAUCGAAAAGUCCAAGCUGGUUCGGCAGGAGACCGACUCCAUCGACUCCUCGUACGCCAAGAAGUUUAAGCAGGCCAGCCUGUCGCAGCAGAUUACGCGGUCCACCGUCGCCAACAAGACCCGGCUCAAGGUCCUCGCCGCCCGGCAGGAGCUGCUCGACGACAUCUUCGAGCAGGCCCGUGGCAAGCUGGCAGAAGGCGCCAAGGACAAGAAGAAGUACGGUGUCGCCCUCAAGGGCCUCGUCCUCGAGGGCAUGUACGCCCUGGCCGAGCCCGAGCUGCAGGUCCGCGCCCGCAAGGCCGACUACGACCUCGUCCGGACCGCGAUCGAGGAGGCUGCCAAGGAGUACAAGGACAAAGUGGGCAAGGAGACCAAGGCUACCAUCGACGAGAGCAACCCCGUGCCCGAGGGAAGUGCCGGCGGCGUUGCUAUUCUCAGUGGAAAUGGCAAGAUCGAGAUCGACAACACGUUCGAGGCGAGGCUGCAGCUCCUCGAGUCCAGUUCACUGCCUGCCGUACGAAAGACGCUGUUCGGGGCGAACCCCAACCGCAAGUUCUUCGAUUAA